UGAGUUUCAGGACAGCUAAGGCUACACAAAGAAACCCUGUCUCAAAAAAAUAAAAACCAAAUAAUAAUAAUAAAAUUGUUUUAGAAUGUUGGAUCGACUCUGAAACAUUAUUUAAUAGAGCACUGUUUAUUAUCCAAGCACUGAGAAAAAACUGAAAACAAAACCUUUCCUUUUACACCAUUAAACUAGCCAGGAAAGAAGGAAUAAGCUCUGUUUAGUAGGAUUGAAUGUUGAUGCUAAGCAGCCAUUUGUUUGGAAAUUUCCAAGGUGUGUUGUGGGAUGCGAGCCCCUGUUUCUAAGUGCUAGUCUCAGUAGUAAUUGUGGUGAUGAUUAUGGAGGUUUCCAGGACAACAAGAUACAAAUGCAACAAUACCUUUCCUUGGAGUUUCUAAAGCUGCAUCAGUUCCUGCACAACAAAGAAAAGGACAUUCUAAAUGAACUCCGGGAUGAGGGGAAAGUCUUGAAUGAGGAGAUGGAGCUGAAUCUGAAUCAGCUUCAGGAACAGUGUCUUCUUGCCAAAGACAUGCUGAUGAACAUUCAGGCACGGAUGGAACAGAAUUCCUUCAACUUCCUCAAAGACAUCACAACGCUCUUAGAUAGCAUGGAGAAAGGAAUGAGGGCACUCUCACCCAGACAGCUUAUCUCCAAAAAGCUGAGCCCAGGCCGCUUCAAAGGUCCCAUCCAGUAUAUGAUCUGGAAGGAAAUGCAGUCCAUUCUCUGUCCAGGCCUAUCUCAAUUAACUCUGGAUCCUAAAACAGCUCAUCCAAAUCUGGUACUAUCCAAAAGCCGGACAAGUGUGUGUCAUGGUGAUGUUAAGCAGGUAAUGCCUGAUGAUCCAGAGAGGUUUGAUUCAAGUGUGGCUGUACUGGGCUCAAAAGGCUUCACCUCUGGAAAGUGGUACUGGGAAGUAGAAGUAGCAAAGAAGACAAAAUGGACAGUUGGAGUCGUCAGAGAGUCCAUCAUUCGGAAGGGGAGCUGCCCUUUGACUCCUGAGCAAGGAUUCUGGCUUUUAAGACUAAGGAACCAAACUGAUUUAAAGGCUCUGGAUUUGCCUUCUUGUAGUCUGAAACUGGAUGAUCUCAACAGGGUGGGCAUCUACCUGGAUUAUGAGGGAGGGCAGUUGUCCUUCUAUAAUGCUUCGACCAUGACCCAUCUCUACACCUUCGGUAGUCAUUUCACGGAGAAACUUUUCCCUUACUUCUGCCCCUGCCUUAAUGACGGUGGAGAGAAUAAAGAACCAUUGCACAUCGUACAUCCACAGUAAUUAGUCAUACUAUUGUAUAAAUUCAGAGCUUUAUUAAAGUAUUGAAAUAGUUUACCAAUUUCACUGGAUUCUCUUUCCAAUUUAUGGGGAACUCUGACAGAAUGAAAGCAGGAUCACAAACUGAGUUACAUUUCCAUUUCCUACAUGGAUUUUGCUGAAGCCUUUUGAGAUAACAUUCUACUUCUCUGGGGUCUUCUAAGACAUAGGAGUUUCCCUGAAUAUGAUUCUCAUGUUUCUGGAGCAAGCUGCAACUUGAUUUUGUGAUGCCUGGAAUCCCUUUUUGAAUGUGCUGCCAGCAUAAGGGGUCUCUGAAAGAAUGGAUUUUCACAUCUGCACUUUUCCUCCUGUUUAAUCAUCUAUUUUUUUCUUUGCUGCUGGGAUUUAAUUAUAAAAUUUCAUCUCAUUUCUUUUCCAAAACAUGUUGCUGAAAAUUUGCUCCAGAGACUUAGAGAAUGCCCUGAACUAGUUUAUAACUAAUCAUGUCUUCCUGCAUUCGCUCAACAUACUUUUUAGUCUAGCAAAUCUUUGGUUCUUUUUCUUCUUUUCAGUUUUUUCUGCUUUACUAGUGAGAGUUGCCUGUUUCUCCUAUAUUAAAAUACAUUCAUGUUUCCAUCUGCUUUGACUCUGUCCUUUUUCAUAAGUACUAUAUAUAUUUCAAUUAACAGCAUUUUUCAUCUUACUCUCUUCAACAUGUUCAUUCUCUAGCUUGUUCCUUCUUUCUAGGUUUAGAGUUCUUGAUAUCCACAGUACUUUUGAUGAAAUGGCACUAGUUGGUCCUCUUUGGAAUUUCCCAUCUAAAAUUGCUUUUAUAUAGAACAUGUAUACAUCUAUAAUAAAUGAUUUUUGUAACUAGCACAACAUGAUUAAAAGGCUACA